AUGGAGACCUACCCGGCAGAUGAUGCCUCGGUAGCCGCAGACCAAGACGAUAAUCACAUGAGUAACCUGGGUCGUGCACGACCACGACGACACGACGAUGACGAUGACGGCUCUGAUAUCUUGGAGGAUGAUGACAUGGAGAGCAUCGUCGGUGGAGCAGUCUCUCGCCACCACAAGGGCCAUGGAAAUGGCGAUGAAGAGAAAGAACUUCCAGCCCAUGCGUGCGCAUACUGUGGUAUCCACAACCCUAGCAGUGUCGUGAAGUGUCUUUCUUGCAACAAGUGGUUCUGUAGUGCUCGAGGCAACACCUCUUCGUCGCAUAUUGUCAAUCACCUCGUACGUGCUCGGCACAAGGAAGUACAGCUACACCCAGCUUCUUCACUCGGCGAUACCAUUCUUGAAUGUUACAACUGUGGUACCAAGAAUGUCUUUUUACUCGGUUUCAUACCUGCGAAAUCCGACACUGUUGUGGUCCUUCUUUGCAGACAGCCGUGCGCGGCCAUGCCAUCUUCCAAAGAUAUGAAUUGGGACACUUCUCGCUGGCAGCCGCUUAUUGAGGAUCGCUCGUUUCUUCCAUGGCUUGUCUCUGCUCCCACCGACCAGGAGCAACUUCGUGCUCGCCAUCUCAGUCCCCAGUUAAUCGCAAAGUUGGAGGAAAUGUGGAAAGAAAACUCUCAGGCAACAUUGGAGGAUUUGGAAAAGGCUACUGCGGUUGAUGAUGAACCAGCGCCUGUUCUCCUCCGAUAUGACGAUGCCUAUCAAUAUCAGAAUAUCUUCGGGCCGCUUGUGAAGAUCGAAGCUGAUUACGAUCGGAAGCUGAAGGAAUCACAGUCCCAAGAUGGUCUGAUUGUUCGCUGGGAUCUAGGUUUGAACAACAAGCACCUUGCGAGUUUUGUUCUCCCAAAACUUGAACUGGGCGAUGUCAAAUUGGCAGUCGGUGAUGAAAUGCGCCUCAAAUACACUGGUGAACUACGUUCUAAGUGGGAAGGAGUUGGCUACGUCAUGAAGAUUCCAAACAACCAAUCUGACGAAGUCACCAUCGAGUUACGAUCGAAGGGAGAUCACAAAUCUGUUCCUACAGAAUGUACUCACAACUUCACCGCUGAUUACGUUUGGAAAUCAACGUCAUUUGACCGUAUGCAGCUCGCCAUGAAGACAUUCGCUGUCGACGAGAUGAGCGUUUCCGGAUACAUUUUCCAUCGACUCCUUGGCCAUGAAGUCGCCGCGGCUCCUAUGAAAACGCAAAUUCCGAAGAAAUUCAGUGUUCCCGGAUUGCCUGAUCUGAAUGGCAGUCAAAUCAACGCAGUGAAAAGCGUCCUGCAGCGACCUCUGAGUUUGAUCCAGGGCCCUCCAGGAACUGGUAAGACUGUCACUUCAGCGACAAUUAUCUAUCACCUCGCCAAGAUCAACGGAGGCCAAGUAUUGGUUUGUGCUCCAUCCAACGUCGCCGUUGAUCAGCUCUGUGAACGUAUCCACCGUACAGGCUUGAAGACCGUCCGUGUGACCGCAAAAUCUCGUGAAGAUGUCGAGUCACCAGUUGCUUUCCUUUCCUUGCACGAGCAAGUUCGCAUGAACGACAGUAACAUUGAAUUGGUAAAGCUGAAUCAGCUCAAAGCAGAACUUGGUGAGUUGUCGAGCCAGGACGAGAAACGUCUAAAGCAGCUUACCCGCGCUGCUGAGCGUGAGGUCUUGACGAAUGCCGAUGUCAUCUGCUGCACUUGUGUGGGUGCCGGCGAUCCUCGUUUGGCCAAAUUUAAAUUUCGCACUGUUCUCAUCGACGAAUCGACCCAAUCUGCCGAGCCAGAAUGUAUGAUUCCUCUGGUUCUGGGGUGCAAACAAGUUGUCUUGGUCGGCGACCACCAGCAGCUGGGCCCGGUCAUCAUGAACAAGAAAGCUGCCAAGGCUGGUUUGAACCAAUCUCUCUUCGAGCGUUUGGUCAUCCUGGGAUGCUCUCCGAUCCGUUUGAAUGUGCAGUAUCGAAUGCACCCCUGCCUCUCUGAUUUCCCAUCCAAUAUGUUCUAUGAAGGCUCACUGCAGAAUGGUAUCACCAUUCAUGAUCGUCUUCGCCGUGAUGUUGACUUCCCUUGGCCCAUGAUUGAUAACCCCAUGAUGUUCUGGUCAAACCUCGGCAAUGAAGAAAUUUCUGCAUCCGGAACCUCGUAUCUCAACCGUACGGAGGCGACCAAUGUGGAGAAAAUCGUCACCCGCUUUUUCAAGGCAGGUGUACAGCCAAGUGGUAUUGGUAUCAUCACCCCCUACGAGGGACAGCGAAGCUACAUUGUCAGCUCCAUGCAAGCCACAGGCACCUUCAAAAAGGAGCACUAUAAGGAAAUCGAAGUGGCUUCCGUUGAUGCGUUCCAGGGACGAGAGAAGGAUUACAUUAUCCUUUCUUGUGUUCGGUCCAAUGACCACCAAGGUAUCGGUUUCCUAAGUGACCCUCGUCGUCUCAACGUCGCUCUCACCCGGGCUCGAUUCGGCUUGGUCAUCCUGGGCAACCCUAAAGUUUUGUCGAAGCAUCCUCUCUGGAACUGUCUUUUGCAACAUUUCAAGGAGCGCCACUGUCUUGUGGAGGGACCUCUAUCCAAUCUUCAGGAGUCAUUGAUCCAGUUCAGCCGUCCCAAGCAGGCUUACCGUGGCCCUCAGCGCUUCCAUAUGUCUUCCGGCUUCAACCAAGGAGCUGCGGCAGCCGUUACGGGCUCUGUCAACGGUCGCAAUGGACAGCGAAAUGAGUAUCAAGAUACUGGCUCUGUUGUUGGAUACAUCCCUGACGAUGUUUCAUCAGUGCAUUCCUCUGCAGUCGGCGGAGUGGGCUUACCUUCCGGAUAUCCUCCGAUGUUCCAGAACUUCGCCGAUCAGUGGCCAUCUCUUUCCGGCGGGCGCCGUGCCAAUGGCGGUCGAGUCAAAGGUGCACCUAGCGUUGCUGGAGAAUCUGUCGCUGCGACUGAAUCCGACGUCACAGGGAGCGUUGUCGAUGGACGUGGCGGUGUUGACCAAGGCGGUGUCAGUCUUGCUGGGUUGAGUAUUAAUGACAUGGGCAAACAGGCUAGUCUAAGCCAGUCUGAUCGCCUGAAACGCUAUGUGGAAUCUGGCGGCCGUGAGCCCUACCGAGGGGCAGUUCCCGACAACGGUAGCAUCUUCGGGGGCAGUUCUGCCAGCAUUCGUGUGACCCGAGGCGUGCCUGGACACAAUGCGAUUGAUGACGAUGACGCGAGAAGCGUGUCAACCGCUUUUGCCAGUCAAGUUGGCGGCAACUACGACUGA